GCUGUCAGUGGCCCUGAUAAACCCAACAAACAAAAUAUUUAGGCCUCGUACAUAAUUUGAAAUUUUUUUUGUAACCCUCAUCCACUCUCAUCCUGGGACGCCAUAAAUCACCUUCUCUCCCCACACUGUAAAUGUGCUGACGUUGAAGGUAACAUCUGGUGGUGUCCUGCUACUGGUAACCAAAUUCCUGGCACUGCUUCAUGAUGGAUACUUACAAACCAGAGGAAUGUACAGUCUGCUUUGACACUUACAAUGAUGCUCUGCGACGGCCACGCAAUCUUCCAUGUGGCCACACAUUCUGCUCGCAGUGUAUUAACAGUGCUAUAAAGAAGUCCCUGAUCACUUGCCCCAGUUGUCGUGCCGAGCAUAAUGCUACUUCUGCUACUAAGUUCCCCAUCAGCUAUUGUGUGGAGGCCUUGAUAAGGAAGCUCCAAGAUGUACAGCUCACUAAGGCAUGUCAAGAUCUUCCAAGAGGUAUUAGCAAGAAAUUGCAGUCCGUUAUGAAAGACCAAAAGAGCAGUAUCAGCAGUCUCAUUACCGGGUGUGAAGAAGUAUUGUCCCAGCUGGGAAUGUAUCAAGGACAGCUUAGGGAAUGGAAGAGUCGGCACCACCAAUUCCAGGAUAGACUCGAUUCUUUGGUGGAGCAGAACAAGGCAGCCAUAGAACUCCUUGAAAAGGAAGAUGCUAUUGUCAUGGACAUGGCAGCAGAAGGAGAGAAAGGAAAACAGCAGCUGCAAGCCAUGUUAGGGUGCCUAGAUGCAGCUAACACUGCCACUGAAGUGGUCAUGACUAUAGAUAAAGCUGACCAGUGGAAUACAACAUUAGAAGAUUGGCUCAAAAAGUGUCAUGAACUCUUCCCAGAUGCCAAUGCUGUUCACACCUCAAUUAAGGUGCGAGAGACAAUUGAGAAGGCCCUGAUCACUGUUGAGCAAGUCACUACAGUUGCCCCUGUUUAUAUGGAAGCCUCUGCCUCUAGUAUCAUGGAUAAAGUUGUGGAAAUUACAGUUGCAAUUUCUCAGAGGCAGUUACAAGUCGAACAUCUUCGCAAGAUGUGCAAGUCAGUCAAGAAGCUGGUGGAGAAUGGCCAAGUAUAUGCCAUCCAGAAAAGAAACUAUGUCACAUACUCUGCAAAGAUAAUUUUCCAAAAUGGAAAGCUGUAUCUCCAUGCACUCUCAAGACAGUAUCCACCCAGAUAUGCCUACACACUUCAGUACAAUGAUGUUGUGGGCAUGCUGGACCCCUCCUCCACCCUAGCAUUUCUUGACCUGUGGUGGUCACAGUCGAGAGGGCGGAUCCACAUUCGACUGAGCCCCAAUACUGGGCUGGCCAGACAGUUUGUGUUAUUAUGUACAGGCCAGCAGGGCCUAACAUACCAACACACAAGCUUUAUAAAAGUGGGAGCCAAAGGCCAGCCUGGGGAGUGGGUUGAAGGUGGGAUUUAUAAUGAGCUAAAGGGAAAUGUCUCGCUGCAGCCUGAACUGCCGAGUAAGUACCAGGAGUCAGGCCAUGCAGGGGCUGUGUGGUCACGAUGGUGGGGACCAGUGACUGAAAAGCAUUCCCUGGACAAUAACACAGGCAGUAAAGAGCUUGUUUCAGAGUGGAAUGAUAAGCUGAGUCCCAAGAGGUAUAGGUUCAGCAUUAGCACGAGGGAUGAAACAGAUAAUGUUAAGUGGUCAUAUGUUUUUGGUGAGGUGGAGACUGGUCUGGAUGUGCUGAGGGCAGCGGUCAACUGCCGAGAUGUUACAAAAGUGAGAGUAGUGGAUUGUGGUGUUGUACUGCCAAUCUAGCUCACUGUACCAUCAAAGUAAGUGCUUACUUUCUACAUUGACUUAUUUAACCCUAGAGAAGUAUUCAUGGGUGUGGGUCUUGAAAUAGAAUUGUGAUAAGCUUAACAGUCACUGCAAUGAUUACUUUAUUUUUUCCUCAUCACUAUCAGUAAAUUUUAUUUAUAAUGAUUACAUUUUAACAUUUGCCCUCACUGGAUACAGUGUCUUAUUUCAACAAACUGGCCGUAUCCUACUGAGCAGGGUAGCCCAAAAAAGAAAAACAAGUUUCUCUUUUUAACUUUAGUAAUGUAUACAGGAGAAGGGGUUACUAACCCCUUGCUCCCGGCAUUUUAGUCACCUCUUAUGACACGCAUGGUUUAUGGAGGAAGAAUUCUGUUCCUCUUCCCCAUGAAGAUAAGAGGAAAUAAACAAGAACUAGUAAGAAAAUAGAAGAAAACCCAGAGGGGUGUGUGUGUAUAUAUCUAUGCUUGUACAUGCAUGUGUAGUGUGACCUAAAUGUAAGUAGAAGUAGCAAGACGUACCUGAAAUCUUGCAUGUUUAUGAGACAGAGAAAAAUAGACACCAGCAAUCCUACCAUUAUGUAAAACAAUAACAGGCUUCCAUUUCACACACUUGGCAGUACCUCCCUGGGUGCUUGCUGUCUACCAACCUACUGCUUAGAUGAGUACAGUGUACCCAGAUAUAAUGGAAGAAGACUAUUCUAGAAGUAUACAUGUACUUCCAAUAUCACCCUAACACACUUACUGUACCUGACUUCCUUGUUGAAAGUCCCACCUUUGAUGCAGACUUCCUCUUUGACUUUUUAACAGAAACUAACCUAGUGCACUAACUCCAUUAGCCCUCUCCACUACCCCUACCACUUGCACAUUCAUACCCCACACUAGUCUUUAAUUUCUGCAUAUUUCUUCUUUAACACAACCCACCCCACAGUGCUGCAUGAUCCUUUCAGGUUUAGUGCUUAGUUUGAUUAUAUAUGUAUUAUUAUUAUCUUAAAGUACACCUCUAGGGAUAAGCUUUGUUUUUAUUCAAUAGCUGUGAUGUCACAAUAUCAUUCUCACUUUGGGUAGGUUACGGUAACUUAAAUUACCUUGGCCUAAUGGAUAAAAUAAACCCUGGUGGGGAAGAAGGUCUCUGAAUGUAGCAGUGUCCAGGUAAACACAACAAAGAAUUGAUUAACCAACAAAGAAGAAAAAAUUCUCCUCAAUUGUCAAAUACAGUGGAACCUCGGUUUUCGUAAUUAAUCCCUUCUAAAAAGUCUGAUGAAAACCGAACCAUACGAAAGCUGAAGCAAUAUUUCCCAUAAGAAAUAAUGUAAAUCCAACUAAUCCGCUCCAGACACCCAAAAAUAUUAACAAAAAAAUACAUUUUAUGGAUAAUAACUAUAGUUUUACAUACAGAAAACAAUGAGAAAUAAAUAUAAAUGACUAAUGAAAUGGAUAAAUGAACAUUUAACAUCACUUUUACCUUUAUUGAAGACUCUUGUUGGCAUAUAGAAGACGGCAAGGAGGGGAGAGGGAGGGGGAGAGGUUAUUGUUUGGAAGGGGAAUCCCCUUCCAUGAGGACUUCAGGUAUCAAGGCCCUAUCCAGGGUUACCUACCUUCUUUGUCUUUUACUGGCACUAGGACCAGCUUGAGAGUCACUGUACCCCUGUCGCACAAAAAAUCUGUCCAGUGAGGUCCGUUUCUAGUGUCUCUUUAAGAUUUGCCUAAAAUGGGACAAGGCAUUGUCAUUGAACAUGCUGCAGACACAGCUUACAACAGCUUUGUUAGGGUGAUAUUUAUCCACAAAACUUUGCAACUUACUCCACUUUGCAAAUAUGUCCUUAAUCACUGAAGAUGGCACAUUCUCCCUUCUCUCUUCCUCCCCCUCCUCUGAAGCAAUUUCCUCAGCUGCACUCUGUUGCUCUUCCAGUUGAAGGUUUUGCAGCUCUUCAGUGGUUAGCUCUUCCCUGUGGUUGUCCACCAACUCUUCCACAUCCUGGCCACUCACAUCCAACCCCAUGGACAAAAUAGAUUCCAUAAUAGGCGUAGGGUCGUCAGGGUCAGCCUCAAACCCUUCAAAAUCUAUAUCGAGGACAUAUUCUGGCCACAGUUUUUUCCAAGCAGAGUUCAUCGUCCAGGAAGUCACUCCCUGCCAAGCCUUAUCUAUAAGGCUUAUGCAAUUGAGGAUAUUGAAGUGAUUCCUCCAGAACUCUCUUAGGGUCAGUUCAGUGUCCGAGUUCACUUCAAAGCACGUUUGAAACAGUGCUUUGGUGGGGAGUUUUUUGAAGUUUGAAAUGACCUGCUGUCAGUAGUGCUGUGUGCUGUAGUAUAUUCAGUUAAAAUCGUUACUGUGAGUCAUUGCCUCCCUGGCUAUGACGUCAUGAGUCCCCUCUCCUUUUGAACUACCUUGCUCCGGGCAGUAGUCAGUCAGAGACUGGAGUUGAAGGUGAUAGCAGACUACAAGGUCAGGCUCUGGGUUCUCCUGCAGAACACUUUAAUAUACGCUACGAAUCAUCCAAUGUGGUUGUCUAUUAUAUCCAAAUCCUCCAUCAAACCCUCACGACAAAUGGUGGUAGCAGUGCAGGAAAAGAUUGGAUAUUUAAGCUGAUGUAUGAAGAAUAUUUGUCUCAAGCCAGCCGAGUCAUUGUGUGGUUGCAUGAGUCACCCAGACUCCAUCCACCUCUACACCCAAGCCAGCAUCCUGCAGCCUUUGUGUGAAAACACACCUGAAAAGACUUGAUGUUGUACUUGGUAAGCUUGAAGAGGCCAGUUUAAAGAUCAAACUGUCUAAAUGUCAGUUUUUAAGAUCAGAAAUCAAGUUUCUUGGUCACGUAGUCACUCCUAGAGGAGUUAUGACUGACCAGAGUAAAGUAACUGCAGUAUUAAAUUUUCCAUAAGAUUCUGUGUGGGCUUAGCAGGUUUUUAUAGAUCCUUCAUUGCUAAUUUUUCUUUUAUAGCAGCUCCUCUAACUGAGUUGCUUAAGAAAGAUGCUACUUUCGUUUGGACCUUCCGUCAAGAAGGAGCAUUCCAAACUCUCACAGAAAAGCUAACAUCUGCCCCAAUUUUUAAAUUCCCAGAUUUUUCUAAGCCUUUCUAUCUAAUAACUGAUGCUAGUUCAAUUGGCAUAGGUGCCCUCCUAGCUCAGAAUACCGAUAGCAAGUACACCACAGUUGCAUUUGCUAUCCGAGUCCUUUCAAAGGCUGAACGUAAUUACACAGUAACUGACCAAGAAGCCUUAGCAAUAGUAUGGUCUCUAAAGCACUUCCGAGACAUUAUAUAUCAGUACCCUGUUCAUGUCUUGACAGACCGUGCUUCACUGAUUCCUUUAUUCCAGAAUAAACAUCCUACUAGGAGGUUAGCCAGAUGGUCCUUUACUAUCCAAGAGUUCAACUCUACUUUUGAACACUUACCCGGCAAGUUAAAUGUAGUCGCCGAUGCUUUAUCGCGACAUGUUAGCACAGUAAUAGCAGUAAUAGCAUUUAGUGCCGAGGAUAUAAAGAAUGCUCAAAGAACAGAUCCCAUGUGGUCUGGUGUGAUUCGAUUCCUGCUACAGGAAGAUCUUAUUCUCAAUGUGAAGCCACCAGUACCCAUCAGUGGCUGUCAUGAACCAAGAAUUACUGUAUCGUACAGCCGAGCUGGGUACUACUAGCAAAAAGGUAUACCAGUUAGUAAUUCCACAGUCACUAGUGAAUGUAUCCUUACAUCUAGUUCACGAUGUGCCAGGUAUUGCACACCCUGGUAUGGAUCAUUCUGUAAAACAAGCCAGAUUGAUAUGCUUUUGGCCUCUUAUGGCAACUGUCAUUUCUGAGUAUGUUAAGAAAUGUAGUGUCUGCAUGCAGUAUGAUGGUAACAUUAAUGAUCCUAAUCCAAUCCAGGUGUAUCCAACUACUAGCGAACCAUGAGUAAGACUUUUUUCCAGUGUUCCCUCCAGGGCAACAAACAUCUGUGUGUUAUGGUAGAUCAUUUCGCCAGAUAUUGUGAGGUAGUUCCUAUUGCAGAUAAGACUGCCGAGACAGUAGCUAAAGCACUCGAAGAACAUAUAAUCUGCAGACAUACAACUCCUAAGUCCCGAGUAACAGAUAAUGGAGGUGAAUUCUGUAAUGAGAUUCCUGAAAAGUUGUGUACUUUGUACGAGAUCUCUAAAUUGACCAUUGUUCCUCACCAUCCUGCCAGUAAUGGUUUAGCAAAAAGAACUAAUAAGAAACUACUUGAUGUAUUGAGAGCCACCAUCAAUCCCAAUAGUGCAACCUAAGAUGUAGUUAUACCUGAUGUUCAGUGUGCAAUAAAUUCUGCUUACAGUGCUUCUAUAGGUGACACUCCACAUUAUGUGUUGUAUAGUGUAGAUAAGUGUUUGCCAUACGAGCUGCAGAACACUAUAAUAUACACUACAAGUCAUCCAACGUGGUUGUUUAUUAUAUCCAAAUCCUUCACCGAACCCCCAUGACACUGCUGGUCCAUGGGCUGGAUGAGAGGAGUGGUAUUAGGGGGCAAGAACUUCACUCUGAUGUAACUAGACUCUAACAAUUGGUCUUCCAAGUCUGAAGGAUGAGCAGGAGCAUUGUCCAUUACCAGGAGGCACUUGAGUGGUAAUUGAUUUUCCAGGAGGUAUUUAUUCACACUCAGGCCAAACACUUCAUUGACCCACUCAGUGAAAAUUUGCCUCGUGACCCAUGCCUUAUUAUUAGCCUUCCACGUCACACACAAUUUGUUCUUGAUGACAUUUUUUUCUUGAACACCCGGGGAUUUUCAGAGUGAUACACCAGUAAAAGCUUCACUUUGAAAUCCCCACUAGGAUUACCACAGAACAAAAGAGUUAGCCCAUCCUUCAUAGGCUUGUGUCCUAGCAAUGCCUUUUCCUUCUGCGUGAUGUAGGUCCUCUUUGGCAUUUUCUUCCAAAAGAGGCCCACUUCGUCACAAUUGAAGAUUUGUUGGGGGAUGAAUCCUUCAGCCUCUAUGUACUCCUUGAAUUCAUCAACGAAUUCUUCGGCCCAACGUUUGUCUGAAUUUGCAACCUCGCCAUGCCUUACCACACUGUGUAUGCCAGUGUGCUUCUUGAAUUUGUCGAACCAGCCUCUGCUGGCCUUAAGUUCACUAACAGCAGCACUCAUUCCAGGCAUUUUCUUUGCGAGAUCUGCAUGCAGCUGCCUUGCCUUUUUGCAGAUUAUUGCCUCCAAAAUGCUAUCUCCUGCUAACUGUUUUUCAUUGAUCCACACCAACAACUUCUCAACAUCUUCGAUUGUUUGUGAUCUCUGUUUUGUUAGCACAUUUACCCUUUAUGCAACAUCAGCUUCCUUGAUUUCUGUUUUCUUCUCCAGGAUGGAACUGAUCAUUGAUGCGGACUUCCUGUACAUCCUGGCGAGAUCGGCCACGCAUACACCACUUUUGUACUUUGCUACGAGUUCUUUCUUGAAUUCUAUCAUGUUUCUUGCCUUCUUUAUCAAAGGGCUGGCACUUGGAACUUUCUUUGGCCCCAUGGUGGUUUAUUUAGCAAUUGCACUCAAUAAACAGGUACAAAAAAUAAUGGAUUAUUGCGAAAUGUUUCGGAUAAAUGUGCAGGGUGAUGCUCACUCAACGAGAAACAAAGGCAGACUGAGUGACGAAUGCAUGGGAUGCUUUGUGUGGACGCUUGAGUGGCCGAGUCAUGCGGACGCAUUUGGUAUGGACCAUUUUCAACUCUACAAAAACUGAGCAAAGGUACAAAAACUGGAACAAAAUUUCAAUGAAAAAAGUCGUCGAAAACUGAAUCCUACGAAAACUGGGGCGUACGAAAACCGAGGUUCCACUGUAUUCAUUUUCAUUUUUUAUACCCUAUAAAAAAAGUAUGGAAAUAAAUUCACAUAAUCACACUCUCUAGAGGAUGUACUUUCUGUUUAUAAAAUUUUCUAAUCUGACAUCGGUUACUCUGACGCAUUUCAGACCCACAUGAAUCUCAAUAGGAAAUCACCCAGUUGGUUUGACGAUAAGGUUCAAGAGUGUCCUAUGAGUGCCUGUUUAAUCUCCGCUCUUAAUCUUACCUUGGCCAAAGCCAUGGCCUCAUUGAUUUCUCAUUACCUUCCCCAGGACUGAAUGACCCACUUGGUUUAUCUUUUUUUACUUAUGUCCAUACAUGCAUAUACAUACAUAACACUUUUUAUGUACGAAAAAGUUUCACAAGUACUGUCACCAAUUAUUGCAACACUCUCUAACAAAUCCAUCGAAUCCUCCACCUUCCCAGCAGUUCUCAAAGUAGCGAGGGUUACAUACACACAUAUGCAUACAGCUCUCAGCUUGUGGCAGGGCCAGAAGCUGAAACCCAACCCCUGCAACCACAUACUAUAGGCAAGUACAUGUGCAUACGUACACUUCUCUUUCCUACCUCUCUAAAUGGGUGAAUAAAUUGAUUCCCUUGGUACUGAAGUACACAAGGGACAUGUCUGGAUUGAACAAUUCUGACAUCUUUUACAUCCAGUACUGCCUCGCCUAAUUUUAGGUAGAGCAGCAGAGCUAGACCUUGUUAACCUAUGUCUCGCAUUACCUAGUCACUGCAAGCCAUAAAGACUAGAUGCCAUAAUCUGUUGAAGGCUGGGGUCUCAUCCAUACAUAUCGGAUUAUUCAUUUCUACGAGACUCCUGUUUUACAGUGUCAUUGCUACCCUAGUAAUUAUCACAAUGACCCCCCUGAUGCUUUCAUGCCCAUCACCAUCAUUCUUGCUCCUGCUCCACUUGCAGAAUUGUGAUUUUAAUCACUAUCAUUCCUGUUAUCACCAUUACCAUCAUCCGUGUCUCCAGUCACUUCACAGCUUGGGACCAUUUACCAAAUAUGAAUACAGUAUUAUAGUACCUGUAUAUUUAAUAAAAAUAUUAGUAUAUAUUUUGUGAAGCCUAUAUUAUAUUUAAAAUUAUUACAACUAUGGGCAAGUUGCCAUGUACAAUGCUGUGUAGGUUUUGAGAAAUGCAGUUUGAUGUACUUUUAUUGUUAUCCAAAAUGUUCACUGUGGUCAAUUUCUGUUGUAUUUUUUUUGUAAUAAUAAUUAUAGGUUUUUAAGGACAAAUUCUAACAAAAAUCUUAAUAGACCUUGCAAUAAAAAUAACCUUAAUCAUAACAACCAUGAGUGUAAAGUGGUUUAUUAGGCUAACAGAACAGCAUCUGACAAUCCUUAAUUACUUAGCCUCUUCAUGGGAGGUACAGUGCUGGAUGCUGUUGAAGGACUCUUGAUCCAAGGAACUGGAGCUACCCUUGAAUCACAAAGGAUUGCCUCUCAUUCUGCAGGUGCUAUAUAACUCCUGUGGGUUUAGCACUUCCUUAUUAAUAU